AUGGAAGUAACUCCAGCAAAUCAGGAGGUCAGGGACUCUGACAACCCAGAUGACGGGGAGGAUUUUAUCCCCUCAGAGUAUCCUGCCUUGGAGGAUGUAUCGCUAGGGGAGGAAGGAGACACGGCAGGAGGGCCUCGGAGGAGAGGUGACACGGGGACUGGGACACUUGCGCCAGUCGAGACAGAAGGUGGUGGGAGUGGUAGAGAGGGCGUGAGAGAAUCAAACGCCGUGUCACCAGCAGAGCUGGCUGCGAACGACGCAAUGUGGCAAGAUGCUGCCACCUGGGACGUCGCUAAGCUCCAGCGGGGGGACCAGCCCUUUCUCGUUCGCAGAAUGCCGCCGACAAUCCUGCAGAGUUACACCCUGCUCAACGUGGACCAUAUCGUGAGCGCGCGGGGAGUGAGACAAGGCGAUCCGCUGGGCCCCCUCUUAUUUGCAGUAGCGAUCCAGCCCACAUUGCUCAGCACGGCGACUCUGCUUCCUGGAGUGACAGUCGUCGCGUACGCCGACGACAUCACCAUCGUCGGGCCGCGAGAUGCCGCCUAUGAGGCCUUCAAGAACAUCACGAGGGAGCUCAGAGGGCUGGGGCUCCGCUGCAACAUCGCGAAGCCGACUGGCUGGGCGGCCGUCGAAGGGGAGAACGAGGUGCCACCACCGGAGGGCCUGCUAAUGAGCACAGCGGGCAUCGGCGUUUUGGGGAGCCCGAUAGGCACGGCGGAAUUCUGCACCACCCAUGCCCAAGCACGCCUCCAGGACGCAUCGGCGCCGCUGCCACUGAUCGCCCAGCUGCACCCCCAGCAUGCCAUGCUCGUCCUCUCGAGGAGCAUCAGCCGUAGAAUCUCCUACCUGCUACGUACGACACCGGCGGAAGUGCUGGAGCGGGAGGAAUGGAGAGCGUGGAGCGAGACUCUGAUGGCGACAGCGUUAGCAGCGGCGAAACUGCGGGUCCCAAGUAGUGAGCUGGAACGGAGCCUCUUAUGGCGCCAGGGUACACUACCAGUCAGGCUGGGGGGACUUGGCAUUAUUGACCCGACCUCGGAGGCCCCGGUGGCCUACAUUGCGUCCAUAACGGCAGCCCAGCAACUCCUGAAGCAGAUGAACCUACCCGAGGGACACCUCCUGAGCAGGGCAGCGAGUCUGCUAGACCAUGGGUGGCAACCGGAACCACCCGGGGUCAACCUGCUGACUGCUCUUGAGGCAGAGCGGCCUAGGGAACUAGGGGGGGAUGGGGGGGAGCAGGGAGAGGGCGGGAAGUGGCAGCGGGAAGUUCGGGGUGGGGUUGAGCAGUGGGGGAAUGGCGGCAGCCGACAUGAGGGGCCUUCGGCGGGCUCGGGAGACAUUGGCCUGGGCAACCUGCGCAACAACCAAAUUUCCGACUUUCUCCCGUCCGACUGGCCGCCAUCCCUCACCAUGCUGCUCAUAGACAACAACUACCUCUACGGCGAAGCCAGGCUCUCCUACUGCCCCAGCACCCUCUCCCUCCGCUCCAACUGCCUCUCCUUCCCUUCCCCCACCUCCUCCCCCCCUUUCUCCCCCUCCUCCUCCUUCCGCUCCUGCGCGGGCGUGGGCACAUGCCGCCUGGGAAAGGCAGGGAAGCCCGUGUGUGUGUGUGACGAGGGGUACGUGAACCGUGCAUUGCCGGGGUCCUGCGUGCCGGAGGCACUCACCGAUUCCUUCGUGCUCUCCCUCGCUGACAUGCCCUCCGUGCGCCUCAAGGGCUAUGCUUCCUUGGUGGGGGGAGGGGAUGUGCCAGGGCUCGUGCCGUCGCCGCAGCCGCCCGACCCGAUUCCAAAGGUAGACACUACCAAUGUAGCCAGCAGCACUGACGGCAUUGCCGCCACUGCCAGCAAUGCCGGCGCUGUCAGCAUCACCAGUGCCAUCAGCACUGCUGAUCUGGUAGAUGCGGGCAAGCCGGGUGAGGACCCGCCUCCACUUCCGCCUUACAGCUCCUCGGAUAAGCUUGUGGUGAGCCCGGCUGUGCGCGAGGCGUGGGGCGCCGUGACGCUGCUACCGCUCGUCACGCUCUUCACCUUGUCGUCCGCGCAGGACUCCUGCGGCCGCCAGCUCGCAUUCAACUUCUCCUUCGCCUUCUCCAUGUCCUCCCACUCCGGUAAACUCGACGCCAAAUCUUCCUCCUCCUCUUCCUCCUCCUCUGUGUCGUUCCCCUUCCUCUCCUCCACUGCAGCUGCAAGAGUAGGAGCAGCAGCAGCAGGGGACGGGCUAGCCUUUGUGAUAAGCGCCACGGAGCCGACAGGGGGGCCAGGCAUGGGGUACAAGGGCAUGGGCAAGAGGAGCGUGGCAGUGGAGCUAGACACGCGGAAGGACACCUGGAAUGGUGACCCGCAUAGCAACCACGUGGGGGUCAACGUGGGGGGGAGCAGCCGGUCGAUUGCCGCAGCUUCGUCGGACAGCAUUGUGCUGAAUAGUGGAGAGCCGCGGCAUGUGUGGAUCGUGUAUGAACCUGAUGCUCGUGCUGGUGGCAGCAGCACAAGAAACAGCAGCUGCAGAAGCGGCAGGGAGGGUGGAGUAGGAGGGGCGAAGGCAGGGAGGCUGCAAGUGUUUCUAGCAGCAGGAGAUGUGCGGCCGGGCAGACCAUUACUGGACGUGCCUCUUUCUCUCUACUCCAUGCUCAAACCAUCACUGUCGCGGCCCUCGGUGUUCCUCUCCUUCGCCUCCUCCUCUUCCGUCUUGUGUGUGCCGCAGGACCACCAUGUGCUCUGUGUGCAGUGCCCAUCGGACCCCUGCUCUGGCAUCGCUCGCAUGUCUCCUUCCAGUGUCUACUGUCGCUCCGACAUCUCCUCCUGCCCUGGGCAAGCCAUGGGGUCUGCAAGCAUCAGCAAGAGUUUUUACCGUGUGACACUGGCCACAAUGUGGUGUCACCACAUCCACCCCAUCUAUGGCCUCACACUCGCCCAGUUUCUGGACCUGAACGGGGGACUGUCGUGCGACGUGCCCUUGCCAGUGGGCACGGUGGUGAGUGUGAAGCCCAACGGUGAUGUCAGGGCCUGCUCCGCCUCCUACACCACGGUCCAGCGACCCAGAAGUCUUUUUCAUUCGCAAGCAAUUGUACCCUGCUUGCAUCCGCAUUUUCUUUCUCUUGACAUUCUCUUUUUGUCACCCCCAUCCCCUUUCUUCCCCUUCCUCAUCCUAUACGUUCUUCACCCCCCACUCCUUCCUCUUAUCACUAUCUCUUUCCCCUUCCUUUUCAUCUCCCUUCUCCCUUCCCCCCUUUCCCUCCCUUCCUUCCCCUUCUUCCCUUUCCUCCCUUUUCCCCCCUUCCCUCCCCAUGCACCCCACCAGAACGACACGUGUGAGUCCAUCGCCGCCCUCUUCUCUCUCACCGCCUCCUGCCCGGACCCCUCCCAGCCCUGCACCACCGACCUCCUCCGCCUCAACCCGGGCCUCGACUGCUCCAUCACGAAGCUCCCAACCAGCCUCUCCAUGUGCCUGGAAUGGGCCACGCCUCUCAUGCCCAUGUGCAAGGAGUCUAUAAUGGUGGAGAGUGCGGGAAACGUGACGUGUGCAUUGUUGGUGGCGGGGAGGCAGCCGCCGCUGAGUGCGCUGGAGCUCUACCGCAUGAACCUCGGCAUCUACUGCCACCGCCUGCUGCCACCCUCCACCGACUCGGGAUUCCCAGGGUCCGAGGUGUGUGGUAGAAUGAGAAUGGACAUGUCAUCCGGCUCGUGUCCCUUGUCUGAGGUCUAG